UAAGGCACAGGGACGCCAUUAUGAGUGCCAAAGUCAACAUGGAGGCUCCUCCACCCAAAGAACCUGAUUGCGCCCCUUUGGCCCCGUCCUCCUCGUCCCCCACUGAGACCGUCCUCAUCUGUGGUAGCGACGGUAUGGCCAAGAAGGCUCGGCCCCAGACCCACACCACCACAGCCCUGCUCCUACCAGCUCCUGUUCCCGGUCAUCAGAAGGUGGAGGUGACUCCAGCUGUUACCCUGGGAGACCCAGGUAAAGGAGUCAGGGUCAAUGAGACGGUUAAGCCCACCCUGACAGCACAGGUGGGUGGGGCUUGUAGCAUCGUCCACGUCCUUGAAUGGAAGGAAGGGAUGGCAAUCCUGCCCAGCAGCAACCUCAAGUUCUGUGUUAGUGAAGUAGGAACACUGAGCACACUGAUCACCCCAGGGACCACCAGCAGCACCACUGAACCAACAGCAGGGACUUCUGGGAGAUCCAAUGACGCAGAAAGCGCUCCUCCAGACAAGCCAGCCUGUAUCAACACCAAGCCUGGACUUUAUAUUCCAGAUACAUCAGCUCCUGUUGUUUCUGUGAGAGGCGCAGCUGUGCAGCCAGAGAGGGUGGUCCAGGCUAAACCUGAAGUUCAGGUCGGACCGGCCCAACAGAACCACGACCCCAGAGCUCAGAGGACCUACACAGAGGAGCUACGCAGAGAGCCAAUCACUGACAAGAGGAUUAUCGGGGUGGAGAAGGUGCCAGCAGGCGGGAGGGUCUCCUCCCUAAACCCCGAUCACCUGAAGCCAAUGAGGAAGAGGAAGAGGAAGGAGUACCUGAGUCCCUCUGAGGAAGACUCCGACAUGGAGGGCACGGAUGAGAAAACAGAUGAUUCGAAGGCAGACGGCAGACACAUCAGAGGAGGUGGAGACAGUAAGACAGAGCAGUGGACGUGGGCCCAGUAUCUAGAGGAAACCAAAGCUGUCGCUGCUCCCAACAAGCUUUUCCAAGAGACCCAGAGAGUGCCGACAGUGAAGAACGGCUUUAAACAGGGGAUGAAGCUGGAGGGCAUCGAUCCGCAACAUCCCUCCAUGUACUUCGUCCUCACUGUGGCCGAGGUCUGCGGUUACCGGCUUCGGCUCCAUUUUGACGGCUACUCCGACUGCCACGACUUCUGGGUUAACGCCAACUCCCCAGACAUCCACCCUGCAGGCUGGUGUGAGAGCACAGGACACAAACUGCACACUCCCAAAGGUUGUAAAGAGGAGGAGUUUACCUGGACCAACUACCUGAGAAUGACUAAAGCACAAGUGGCUCCCAAAGAACUGUUUGCCAGUCCUGGGAGGGUGGAUGUGAAGAGCAGUUUCGAGAUAGGAAUGAAGCUCGAGGCUGUCGACCGCAUGAACCCAUCCCUCAUCUGUGUAGCAACCAUCACUGACGUGGUGGACGACCGCUUCCUGGUUCAUUUCGACAACUGGGAUGACACAUAUGACUACUGGUGUGACGCCAGCAGUCCGUACAUUCACCACAUCGGUUGGUGCCAGGAGAGGAACCUGCCAUUAACACCACCUCAAGUAAUUUGUACUGCAUCAGAUUAUCCAGAUCAGGCUCUGUUCUCCUGGUCUCAUUACCUGGAGGAGACUGGCUCCAAGGCGGUGGCAGCUGAUUCCUUUAAAGUGCGUGCAGCCCACAGCUUUCAGCCUCAGAUGAAACUGGAGGCUGUGGACAAGAGGAGUCCUGGUCUGAUCAGGGUGGCCACAGUGGAGGAGGUCGAGACUCACCGCAUUAAGAUCCAUUAUGAUGGUUGGAGUCACGUGUAUGACGAGUGGAUGGACUCAGAUCACCCUGAUAUCCAUCCAGCAGGCUGGUGCGAGAUGACUGGCCACCCGCUCAAAGUUGCCCCGCGGGAUCUCAAAACACACCAGCCACACGGUCCGAGGGAGCCUCCUGCUACCGCCCAGUCCACCUACCCCUCCUCUGUUCCCUGUAAACCCAUCAGCCACCCCAGAGCCAACAAAUACAGCUUCCACAACAGGAAGUGUCCGACUCCUGGUUGUGAUGGCUCAGGCCACGUGACGGGCCGUUUCACCGCCCAUCACUGCAUAUCCGGCUGCCCAUUGGCUGAGCGUAACCAGGGCAGGCUGAAGGCCGACUUGUCAGACUCGGAGUGCAAGAGGAACCUUUUCUUUGGCCAGAGGACCAAGAAGACCCAUUACCGUGGCAGGAUCGGUCGUCCUCCCAAAUACAGGAAGAACCAGCAAAGAGACUAUCAGAAUAUGUCCUCAGAGGGUGUGUAUCCGUCACUGUUCAUGUCAGCUCUGAGCGGUCAGUCAGACAGGACUCUGUCUCUGUGCUGGGAGCAACACUGUAAGCUGCUGCCUGGCGUUCAGGGCAUCCACGCCAGCCAGGUGGCAGCGUGGAACGUGGAAGAAGUCUUCAGGUUUGUCCAGAAUCUAAUCGGCUGUGAAGAACAGGCUCGUCUCUUCAAAGAAGAGAUGAUUGACGGGGAAGCCUUCCUGCUGCUGACUCAGACCGACAUUGUGAAAAUCAUGAGCAUCAAGCUAGGCCCCGCCCUCAAGAUCUCCAACGCCAUCCUCAUGUUCAAGAGCACAGACGAGGGACUCAAAUGAUCCCGCCCUCAUUCACCGGGCACCAGUCCGCCAAUCAUCAUGUGCCAAAUUCAUUCUGUCGCAGGGAAAAAGA